AUGCGACCUCAGCAGGCUGCAGCCUUCGAAUUGAGAAACGGCCAGUGUGUUGCUGUGCUUAGUUUUGCUCAGAGGCACAGGAAUCAAGCGGACGCUUACAUACAGUAGGAGCUAACGUUAAAGCUAAAGGUGCUAAAGCUACGGAGCUGAAAUGAGUUUUCUCGGGGGUCUUUUUGGUCCUGUGUGUGAAAUCGAUGUUAUUCUGAAUGAUGCUGAAAGCAGAAAAACGGCAGAGCUGAAGACAGAGGAAGGGAAAUUGGAAAAGCACUACCUGUUUUAUGAUGGAGAAUCAGUUUCAGGAAAGGUAAAUAUCAAUGUGAAACAGACAGUCAAGAGACUUGAACAUCAGGGAAUUCGCAUUGAAUUUGUAGGACAGAUUGAGCUGUUCAGUGAUAAAAGCAAUACUCAUGAGUUUGUAAACCUUGUGAAAGAGCUUGCUCUGCCCGGAGAGCUGACCCAGAACCGCAGCUAUGACUUUGAGUUCAUGCAGGUGGAAAAGCCGUAUGAGUCUUAUGUUGGAGCGAAUGUGCGGCUGAGGUACUUCCUUAAAGUUACAAUUGUGAGAAGGCUGUCUGAUUUGGUGAAGGAAUAUGACCUCAUUGUCCAUCAGCUGGCCACUUACGCCGAUGUUAACAAUUCUAUCAAAAUGGAAGUGGGCAUUGAAGACUGCCUUCAUAUAGAAUUUGAAUACAAUAAGUCCAAGUAUCACCUCAAAGAUGUAAUUGUGGGUAAAAUUUAUUUCUUGCUUGUACGAAUUAAAAUCCAACACAUGGAGCUUCAGUUGAUCAAGAAAGAAAUGACGGGAAUCGGGCCAAGCACAACUACUGAGACGGAGACUGUGGCUAAAUAUGAGAUUAUGGAUGGAGCACCUGUCAAGGGUGAAUCUAUUCCCAUUCGUCUUUUCCUGGCUGGUUAUGACCUUACACCCACAAUGAGAGAUGUAAACAAAAAGUUCUCUGUGAGGUACUUUUUGAACCUGGUGCUUGUGGAUGAAGAAGAUAGGAGAUACUUCAAACAGCAGGAAAUUGUUUUGUGGAGGAAGGCACCAGAGAAAAUGCGAAAACGCAAUUUCCAUCAGCGCUACGAGUCACCUGAGCCUCGGCCAAACCUCUCUGCUGAGCAGCCUGAAAUGUAAGCAUGGUGAUGAGAGCGACCCACCAGGGAUACUUGUGCCUCUCAGUGAGCGGUUACAAGAAAGAACUACCACUGAACAUACAUACAGAUCGCUGUUCACAUGGUCGUCCCUCACAGCUUCACUGAUAAACUGUGCCUGAAUUAGCUCUAUCCACCCUGCCGUCCACAGCAAGCAAUCUGUUACAAGUAUACAAGGACACUUUUUAGAAAGCACUGAAAACCAUGUCCAUCGUAUAGCACAUCUUGUUGCACGCCUCCCUAGAUGAAGAAAUGUUUUUAAAAGUGCACUCACUGGUAUCCUCUAUGUUCCACAUAGAGCAAAAACAUGUAGACCUAAAACACAUUUUAAAGAGCUUCCUCAUGCAUGCAUGCUGGCUGGUUGGUGUAAAUCUGAGUUCAUAGUAACAGUUAUUAAAGCUGUGGGUCCAUUAAAACAAGUGAAGAAAUGUAAUGAGAAAACGCCCAGGCCAGACUGUAUUCACAAUCAGCUUUAGUGUUGUUAUACAUUUCUAUUUAACUUAUUUUGUGUCUGUGUUCUUUUUUUUCCUUAUAUAGUCUAAAUGUGAAAAAAGUUCUGACCUUGAAAUUAAAAAUAUAUAUGUCUAUAUACAGUAUAAAUGUAUAUAUAAAAUAUUUAAGGAGGCUUUUGCAAUAGGCUUUGUACUAGAAGCUUAAAACCAUGGCCACUUGUGCAUUUGGGUAUUUAUAUAUGCAACCUGUCAGCCCAGUUUUGGGUAACACUGGCUAAGUAGUACCUUUUUAGUUUUCUGAAAUUCUUAGAUGAUUCUUCACUAAUUGAUGCUAAAUAUCAGCUACACUGCACUCGUAUUUCAUAAUGCCAACAUUUUCAGAUAGGCCAUAGAGAAUUCAUGAAAUUGUUAUAUCCCUUGCAUGUCAUUCUGCUUUAAGGUUUCUUUAAAUAAGGGUUGUUGACAAUUUUUUUCAUUACAGAUGUGCUGCUUUUCUAUAUUUUGUGUGGGUUAUGAAGCUAAAGAAUUUAUUUAGACUCUUUCAGUGUCUGUCCAAUAGACUAAAUGAUGUAUAUUACAAGCUGUUAACUUUAACUUUUUCUUCUGCUUUGGUUUUAAAACACGCACUACGUUACUAAUAGAAAUGUCUGCAUUAAGUGACCCUAGGAAAAAGAUAUAAUGGUGAGUGUUUGCCAAGUUGUGGAGGGGAACUGUGUCAUUUGUACAUCUUGAAAAAUUGUACAUAUCCAGUCAUAGAUUGUUUAUCUGCCAAUCUGUCAAAUAAAAUGCAACUUUGUA